GGAGCGCGCCCCGGGGAGAGCCCGAGCAAGAUGGAGGCCGCGCCGAGGCCGCCGCCUGGGCCCGGGAAGCCGCCGCUCGGAGCGCCGAGCCGCGGCGCCUAGGCCGUGGCAGUCCCGGACCCACUGCUCCGGACCGGGCCCAGGUUGGUCUCCCCGCACCCCCUUCCCGCGGCCGCAGCCUCCGCGUGCGUCCGGCCUGGGCGCGCGGCAGCCGCCCCCCCCCAUCCCUGGCCCUACCCGGGCCCGGCCGCUCCCCCGCGCCGCGGGGACAGCCCCUGCCCACUGCCCGCCCCUCGCGGCUCGGGCUGCCUGCCGGCGCCUGUCCCUCGUCCCCUUGGCCUGGAAAACCUCUCUCCCUGUAGCCCUGGCCCGCCAAACGUAGGCUCCCCCGAGCCCUGUCUUCUGAGGGACCCUCCCAACCCCCCCGCCCCCUGUUCAGACCCUGCGGCUCCGGCCCCCGAUGUCCCUCUAGCCUCAUCCUGGUUCCUGCACUUCGCCCUCCCUGUCCCAGCCCCCAUAUCACCUUCCCAGUCCCCUGGCACUAACCCCUUACAUCCCUUUCUUACCCCCUCGUAGAAGCGCCCACCCCCCUCUCCACAGCCCCUUUCUAGACACCCAAUACCAGACCUCCUUUUACCCCGAACACCAGCCCCCAGAUUCCCUUCCGAGCUCCCUGUAAAACCCCGCUGCUAAUUCUCCGCUGCCGGUCUCCAGCCUCCAUUCCAUCUCCCCACGGUCCCCUCUUACUUCGCCGGUACCAGCCCCCAAGCCCCCUCCCCAACGCCACCGUAACCACUUUCUAGCGCCCCGCCUCCAGCUCUCCUGUGCUCAUUCCAGCUCCCUCAUCCCAGCCCCCCAACUUUCACAUGGCCUCUUCCUAUGUCCCCGAAUUGGAGAUCUUUGCCAGUCUCCCCCUACCCUGACACCUUCCCGAUACUCUCAUGACCCCCUCCUAGCUCCUCCAUACCAGCCCCCAGGUCCCUUCAGCUCCGCCUCAGGCCCCGCCCUCGCGGGUUCCUUGGCUUAGGGUCGCUUCUCGCGUGCGUCCCCAGCUCCCGCCCGGCAGCCCGGCUGUCGGUCCCGGGCCGGCGGCCCCCGCAAGCCGCCGCCGGCCCCGCCCCCGGGCACCAUGCUGCCCUCGCAGGAGGCCUCCAAGCUCUACCACGAGCACUACAUGCGGAACUCGCGGGCCAUCGGUGUGCUAUGGGCCAUCUUCACCAUCUGCUUCGCCAUCAUCAACGUGGUGGUCUUCAUCCAGCCCUACUGGGUGGGCGACAGCGUGAGCACCCCCAAGCCUGGUUACUUCGGCCUCUUCCACUACUGUGUGGGCAGCGGGCUGGCGGGCCGCGAGCUCACCUGCCGCGGCUCGUUCACCGACUUCAGCACUAUCCCGUCCGGCGCCUUCAAGGCGGCCGCCUUCUUCGUGCUGCUCUCCAUGGUGCUGAUCCUCGGCUGCAUCACCUGCUUUGCUCUUUUCUUCUUCUGCAACACGGCCACGGUCUACAAGAUCUGCGCCUGGAUGCAGCUCUUGGCAGCUCUGUGCCUUGUGCUGGGCUGCAUGAUCUUCCCCGACGGCUGGGACGCCGAGACGAUCCGGGACAUGUGUGGGGCCAAGACCGGGAAGUACUCCCUGGGGGACUGUUCGGUGCGCUGGGCGUACAUCCUGGCCAUCAUCGGCAUCCUCAACGCCCUCAUCCUCUCCUUCCUUGCCUUCGUGCUGGGCAACCGGCAAACGGACCUGCUGCAGGAGGAGCUCAAGCAGGAGAACAAAGAUUUUGUGGGCUCUACAGUAAGCUCUGUGUUGCGGCCAGGGGGUGAUGUCUCUGGAUGGGGAGUCCUCCCCUGUCCCGUCGCUCACUCACAGGGACCCUGAAGGCCGGGAUCACAGCCCAGGAGUUGACCUGCCCUCAGCUUGUCCUGUCUCCUGCCCUCUCAUCCCUCCAUUCACGCUCUGAGGGAAGACCCCGAUCUUGGACUGACCUCACCUGCUACCUGCCUGCGAGCUCCGGGCGUUGAAGAGAGGCUGGGGCUGGGAUGCAGCCUGAGGGAGGGGAGAGGCCCUGCAGAGCCUGGGAGGGUCUGGGUCUGCACCUCCCUCAACUGACCUAAGGGAGACAGCCCCCAGUCCCUGGCCUCCUCUUCCCCUCCAGUCUGGCCAGGGCCUUGCAGAGUCUUCAGGGGAAGGCGACGCCGUGGUUCCCCCACCAGGCUCCCUCAGUCCGGAGGGCUGCUGCCUGGCUCUAUCCUCGCCUCCUCUGGUCCCCGCCUCCUGCAGAAACUUAUCCAAGACACUGCUCCAGGGCAGCAGACUGGACUCUUUCCUAUCUUUUUUUUUGGCUGAUGGUGGUUCCAUCAUCUCGUCACAGAGCUCCAGGCGCCACCGGCCUCCCUCGGGCCUCUCUGCUCCUGCUGCAGCCUGGUCCCAGCUCUCCCAAAGGAGUCUGAGCUGCACCGAGGGAGAAAGCACAGGGCCUUCUGGUCAGAUGCUGACUGGGGCCCUGUCCACGUGGACUCUGAGCCAAGACAGGCAGGCUCUGGAGGCAGUGCCUGGACUCCUGUCUUGAUGGCGCUUGGCCUCUGCAGCUGGGGCUGGAAGUAGCUCUGGGGCUGGCCUGGCCUCCUCCCUGCUCGGAUGGCUCACCAGUGACUGGACCCUUGACCCCGGCCUGUUUUGUACAGCGUAGAACUUCUUGGCCCUGUUGUCAGGGUUGGGGAGAGGCGCCCAUGAGUAGGGAAUUAGGGGAUGCGUCGCCCCUCUGCCCCUUCUCGUGCUGUCCCCCCAUCCCCUUCUGCCAAGGGCAGAGACUGUCUUGCCUCUUUGAUACUUUUCUGCAUAACUUGAACUUGCAGGUCACCUCUGAACAGGGUAUCCCCUGUCCCCAUCCCCAGCCCUAGUAACCCUCUCCCCACCUCUUCCUCCUCCCUGCCCACCUCUCGCCUUGCGGUUUGCCCAGGGUCUGCAACCCAGUGGGCACGCUUGGAGCCGAGGCAUGAGUGUGUGUGUGUGUGUGUGUGUGUGUGUGUGUGUGUGUGUGUGCGCGCGCGUGUAGGUGUUUGUGGGGCAGAUGAAGUCUUCUCUCCCCCUCUCCUCCCACCGUGGGGACAUCUCCUCCCUUCCUGCAGGGAGCACAGGAAGGAGACUGCAGGUGUUUCUGACCUCCCCUCACUGCCUUGGGGACCUGGUGGUAGAGCCAUCUGGCUUGGGGCGUGGACGGCCCCUUCCAGCCCCCAUUUUGGCGGCCGGUUGGCUUCAUUUCGUGUGCCUACUUCUGUCUCCAGGUACUGGCUGCCUGGCCUAUUGUGGAGGGGGGGCAUGAGGCCCCUGCAGGCUCAGUGGGGAAGCGUGUGGUCUCCCUGUCAUGUCGGCCUCAGCCCAAGGAGGGAGGAAAGCAGCAAGUGCCAUGUAUUUGCAGCCUUGUGUUCAUUUCCAUAGGACCUGGACCUGACAGAGUUUUCAAGACAGACCCUAGAAAUCCUCUGCCUGAGUCCCCCAUCUGGACCCUAACUGGAGUCACAUGCUGGGGCCUGGGAGGGUUCCUGAAACCUGGAACUUAACUAAGUCCUGACCCUGGCCCUCUCUACUCCCUCCUCCUGGGCAGACACCUGCCCCUUGUGCUCUGGUCCCUGCACUGUGCUCCCCUCUCCCCUGCUCCCACCAGGGUCCCGUGCUGAGUGGGAGGGUGAGGGGAGCCUCGUGAAGGUGUGGAGUGGGGGGCAGAAGUGAGUUCCUCCAAGAUCCAAACCAAAGCCCAAUGUUGGAGGGCAUCAGGGGGAGGGGCCAGGAGCAAGGGAUUAGAAAUGGGAGGAAGGGGACUUCCCUGGCGGGCCAGUGGUUAAGACUCCACGCUUCCAGUGCAGGGGGUGCGGGUUCCAUCCCUGGUCGGGGAACUAAGAUACCACGUGCCGCAUGGUGCGGCCAUAAAAAGAAAAAAGAAAUGGGGAGAAGACAGAGAUGGGAGAAAGAGAAGAAGGAGGUGCAGAGACAGGGAGAGAAGGAGGGAGGGAGACCAGGCGAUGGGGGGUGGGGUGGAUUUAGAGGGUACAGAAGUGGAAAAAGUGACCAGAGAGGGAGGCGUGAUGGAUAGAGCACCUGGAGGUGGGAGGGGAGGUGGCCAGAGACGAGGAAGGAACGGGGAUGGGAAGGAGGCAAAGGGAGAGGUGAGCUGUUGGAGGCCAGGUGCAGGGGGAGAAAGGAAGGGGAAGGAGAGGAGGAUAGAGGGGACAGGACUCGGAGGAAUGGGGAGCAGCUGCUGCGUGCCCACUGUGCGAGGGGAGAGCCUAUCACCCACGGGGGCCACAGACCCCUGUGGGCUGCUGGUGGGAAGGUUAGGACCUACCUCCUCAGAGGCGGAGGCGGGGCCCAGGCAGCCAUGCCCCGCCCCAUUGGGGUAGAGGCGCCACAUCAAGGGAACUGUCUAGGUGAUUGCUGAGCAGGUUAGCGCCACUGGAGUGGGUUAGUGGUAGAGAAAGGGAGGGUGGUUCCCCUUGGGGUGGUUGGACAGUGAUUCCCUGUUACCACCCACCCAGCCAGCUGCUGUGGGGCAGUGGGAGAUGCACCCAGGAGCUUGGGGUUAGGAGGGGAGUGUUGGUGGGGCUGAAGGAGCACCAGGGUGCCUUAGGGAAGGGAAAGAGGCUGGAGUGGGUACCAAACCAAAGCCCUGUCCCUGAAGCUUUUUAGCAGAGGUGGGAGCAGAGCGGGAAACAUGUUUCAACCAGAGACCCCAGGUGAGGCUGAAGUGUCACCAAGCCGGGGCCCAGAUGGCUCUCUGGGGCCAGGAAGCCAUCACAGCAAGGAUGUCUGUAGUUUGCUCUCACCCACGUCUGGCAACUUGGCUUAAGGCUUCGGGAGGACGCUGAAGCAGAGAUGGUCCGUUCCCAGAUCGGUCUCUUGGUCCCUGAAAGACGCCGAGCUUUGAGCGGCCCACUGAGGCACCCCUCCCCCAGCCGUGCCUGGACCAGAGGGCUCUGGCACCAUCUGGUUUCCUUUGCCUGGUGUGGGACUAUCUCAGGAGAGGCCAAUGCAGCUCCAACCUAGUGGGGGUUCAGAGCACUGCUUGUUCAAGUCCUUCCGGGUCUUGGGAUGUGUGAACUUUCCUCUCUGGGGACCAGUACCCAUGGAGGAAAACGCCAUGGGUAGGAUCAAGAUCUUUUUCAGGCCUGCUAUAGCCAAGAAGUUGAGAGCUUUUAGACAAGGCUGUAGGGAAGAAUUCUUUGGCCACCUUUUGAAGUUCCUACUUGGGCACAGGGGAGUCACCCUUCUCCAGCUUCCAGUGUGAACUGAGAAAGGGAAACCCUCUCUCUGGAGAAGCUGGGAACUUCCCAGCACGAGAAACCUCCGCAGGCCCCUGCCUGGCUCAGGGCUAGCCUUCGAGGGGGACUGGAGUUUCCUGAGAAGGGAACAAGGGAGCCACAGUCCUCCCCUGAGCUCUGAUCAGCAGAGGGCCUAUGCUGUGUGUCAUUAGGAUAGCUUGGUGUUGUCUACACCCCAUUAGUAAGUUCCGUCUGAACGUGUCCUCACUGUUCAUCGUCCAAUUUGGUAACAUUGAUUUUGGUCCAGACCCCUUCUGCUGCUGCUGGGUUUGAGCUUCAGUGCAGGUGGAAUGACAUUCAAAUAAAGAAACACUUUAUAUCACCCAUGCUAGCUUCUCCUUCUCUGAGUUGGCCCCCAGGGGAUUAAGAGGGGCGAGAUUCAACCUGACCCUUUGUACCAGCCGUGGCUGCGUAUUAACAGACCUUAUGUGGAGGUAGCCAGACCAUGACUGACAUGGAACCCAGCACCACUUUCAAUCCUGGCUUUCAUCCUCAAGGACACCUCAUGGCCUGAAGUGGCUGCCUGGACUCGUCACUUUGAUCCACAAUUUCAUUUUAAAGAGACUUCUGGAGAUCCCAUAGGACUGAGUCACACUGCACACCUAACUGAAAUGUAAUCUGUUAACAAAUAAAAUUGUUGUUGUUUCCAAGGUGAAAGGAGAGAAGAGCUGGCAGUCUCUGCCAGCUCCUGAUUACAUGGGCUUGAAAACAAGGCUCCACCCUUUUCUGCCUGUGUGGCCUUGGUCAAGUCCUUUCACUUCUCUCUAAAGUAAGGAACAAAUGAGGGAA